AUGUCAAUGUUGGAUAGUAGGAUUAUUGCUGGUCUUCAAAGCCGUUUUAAAAAGCAUGAUAGAAAUAUGUGGAUAUUUACAGAAGAGGAACUUGCUAAUGUGCCUAGUAUUAAAGAUGGUAUGUCAGCUCAAGAAGUUUUGAAUUGUAGAAUUAGAACGGCAAAUUAUAUAACACAAAUGAUGAUAAUGCUCAAUAAAAGAGCCACGGGUGUUAAAAGAAUAACACAAUUGUGUACGUGUAUUGCAAUUACACAUAUGCAUCGUUUUUAUACUUUACAUAGUUUCAAACAUUUUAAUAUGAUAGAUGUUGCAGCAUCAUGCCUUUAUUUAGCUUGUAAAACAGAAGAUUGUUAUAGGAAAAUAUCAUAUGUUAUUCAUGCAUGGUGGAAAAUAAAAUAUCCUAAUGAACAACCUCCAGAUGAUAAAGAUGAUUCAUUUAUACAAUCUAAAAAAUUAAUUGAAAUGAUAGAAAAUUUAUUGUUGAAAUCUGUUAAUUUUGAUAUGCAAUUAUUAAUUCCACAUUAUGUUGUUUUACGGGUAUGCCAAAGCUGUAAAGUAGAUCGAAAUGUUAUUUCUGCUGCUUAUUUUUAUGUUAUGGAUAUGAUUCACUUAACUGAUUGGGCUGUGAGGUAUUCAGAUGAUACACUUGCUUGCUUAGGAUGUCAUUUAGCUAUAAGUCAUGCUAUUGGUGAUGGUGAUGAAAGAUUAAAAUCUACUAUUAUGGAGGUUGAUCCUUGUGAGUAUAUUAUAAAAAAUAGCAACAAUACGAUAUCAAGAUCACUAAUUAGUACGUUGGCUAAUGAAUUCCUGUUUUUCUUAGAAGAUAACAAAGAUAAAAUGACAUUUAGACGUCACUUGAGAUUUAGAGAAAAACGAGAUACAGGAUGUUACACAAAAAAUCAGGCUAUUGCAAUCUAG